AUGGUUAUGUAUAGCACUAUUGCUAAAAAUGCAGGAAAUAAUGAUAUUAAUAUUGCUCAUAUGCUAAUAGCAGGAAGAUGGUCUGAUAAUUCUGAAAAUAUUCGUACCUUAUUAAAUGGUUUACAAUGUAAAACAUUAACAUCAUUYAGAUGCAAGCAAGUCACAACUACAACCAUGUUUAUUUUUAUGCUUCUCGUUGCCACUGGAAUCUUGUUGUGGUGGUGCUACUCGACUCAUACCCAUCUCAAAAAACUCCCACCUGGACCUUUUCCGCUACCAAUUAUAGGAAACCUCCACUUACUAGGAAACCUACCUCAUCGUGCCCUCCACAAGCUAUCCCGAAAGUAUGGAUCUAUCAUGUCCAUUCGUCUAGGCUCGAUUAACGCAGUCAUAGUUUCUUCUCCGGAUGCUGCAAAACUAUUCCUCGGAACCCAUGAUGCCAUUUUUGCAUCUCGACCUGAAGUCCAAUUGUCAAAGUACCUUUAUCAUGGCAACAAGGGGAUAUUAUUGUCAGAAUAUGGUGAAUAUUGGCGAAAUAUCAGGAAAUUUUGUGUAACGGAGUUGUUGAGUCCUGUGAAGAUUAAUGGAUUUGCAGGAAUGAGAAAGGAGGAGAUUGGGUGGAUGGUGGAGGAGAUUAGAGUUGCAUCCAUGACACAUCAAGUGGUGGAUUUGAAUAAAAUGGUGGGUAGUUUGAUCGAAGGUAUGACAUGUAGGAUGCUUUUUGGGAAGAAAAACGACGAAAGAUUUGUUUUCAGGAGAAUAAUUGACGAGUUUGCGGUGGUGCUAGGUACCGUAAACUUGGCAGACUUUGUGCCCAUGCUACAACACUUUGAUCUACAGGGAUUGACUCGACGUUUUAAGUCAUUAGUCAAGGACAUUGAUGAAAUGUUGGACACUCUGAUAACUGAGCAUGAGGAAUACAGUCUUACAAGGAUUCAAAGAUCUGACCAAAUGAACUUCAUUGACAUACUACUUUCAGUAAAAAACAAAUACUCCGUAACCCAUGAGAAUCUAUCAAAAACGAUUGAUAGAUCAACGAUGAAAGCAAUUUUAGUAGACAUGGUAGCCGGCAUAAUCGAUACUUCCAAAACUUCCAUUGAAUGGGUUCUAUCUGCUCUUAUUAAACACCCAAGAGUUAUGAACAAGCUCCAAAAGGAGUUGGCAAGUAUUGUCGGAGAUAAACAGAUGGUGGAAGAGACGGAUUUGGCAAAGUUAAGUUAUCUACACAUGGUAGUUAAGGAAACCUUCAGGCUCUAUCCAGUUGCUCCAUUGUUGAUGCCCCGUGAAUCUACAGAAGAUAUAGUGAUUAAUGGUUACUACAUACCAAAGAAGACACAAGUUUUAGUAAAUGUUUGGGCAUUUGGACAUGACCCACAAGUUUGGACUGAAAAUUGCGCAGAGUUUCUUCCUGAAAGGUUUCUUCAUAAAGAAAUCGAUUUUCGCGGACCUGGUUUUGAGCUAUUGAAUUUCAGCGCAGGCAGAAGAGGAUGUCCAGCCAUGAAUUUCGGAUUAUUAAACGUCUACUUAGCAGUUUCCAACCUAGUACAUUGCUUUGAUUGGGUGCUACCCGAUGGCACGUCACAUAUCGACUUGGAUAUGAAUGAAAAAUUUGUAUCGACAAUGGCUAAGGUUAAGCCCUUGCUCGCCAUUCCAACUUAUCACAUGGGGGGAUCGACCGUUUGAUGAAGAGACUUGAUACGGUUUGAUGCAUAACAACGUCCCGCUUAUAUAUGUUUCGACUCGUGCCUUUGUAUUGUUUUGUAUGUAUACGUACUGUUAUGGUUGCAUCUUC